AUGGCAGGUAGCGACGCAGAGAACCGCUCUGGAGACGAGGAGCCGGAGAAGCAUAAGGAAGAGUCUGAAGAUGCGCGAGGGUCUGGCGGCGAUGAGAACCAGGACGAAGAGCAACAAGGAGGACCGCCAGCUCCCGUGGGCUUCUGGCAUCCCAAGCUAAACCAUGUACGCAAGGAAGCGAUGACAAAAUGGACCAUUACAACUGCAUUCCUCAUGGCAUUCAUAUUGGCCGUGCUGUCGAUCUACUGGGGCGCCCUCUACCAUGUCGAGAAGAACAUCUCGUCUCUUGUGAUAUAUGUGGUGGACAUGGACGGACAGACAGCGCCUUACAACACCAACGGACAUGAGCCAAUCGUAGGACCGCUCAUCACAAAUCUUGCGCGAACAAUGGUCGCCAGCGAAACACCUACAUUGGGAUGGGGCGUUGUAUCAGGGGCAGACUUCGGCUAUGAUCCUAUGCAGGUGCGACAGGCGGUGUACAACUGGGACGCUUGGGCGUCGAUCGUGAUCAACCCGAACGCAACAGCGAUGCUGUAUUCAGCGCUGGAAAAUGGCAACACUUCGUACGACCCUAUGGGCGCUUGCCAAUUGACCUACAUUGACUCUCGAGACGACACGAACUGGUACGACUUCAUGUCCCCCAUCAUCAGCGCAUUCAUGACCGAAGCAACGACGAAAGUUGGACAAGAGUGGACGUCCAUGGUUAUGCAAAAUGCGACGACAGAUGCCGCUCUAGUCCGCAACGCUGCUAGGGUACCGCAAGCGCUCAGCCCGGCCAUUGGAUUCAGCCAGUACAACCUGCGACCCUUCUAUCCGUACCAGAUUAUCCCGUCUGUCAGUAUCGGUCUGAUCUACCUGAUCAUCGUUUCCUUCUUCUCGUUUGCGUUCUACCUGCCUAUUCACUUCAAGUAUCUUAAGCCAGAAGGUCAUCCGCCACUCAAGUUCUACCAGCUUGUAAUCUGGCGUUGGUGUGCGACGAUCUCAGCCUACUUCAUGCUUUCGCUAGCAUAUUCCUUCGUUUCGCUCGCCUUUCAGAUCAACUUCUCUGGAGGGAAUCCAGUUACUUCUGAGACGCAGGUGACCUGGACAGUGGAUGGGUAUACGAACCCUGAUGGCUGGGGUAAUGCCACUUUUCCGGUCUACUGGAUGCUCAACUUCUUCGGCAUGAUAGCGCUCGGCCUCGCUUGCGAGAACGUAGCGAUGAUCGUAGGGCAACCGUGGACGGGGCUGUGGCUCAUCUUCUGGGUCAUCACGAAUGUCAGCACGGCAUUCUACGACAUCGACAUAGAGCCUCACUUCUACUACUGGGGUUAUGCAUGGCCUUUGCAUUAUGUGGUCGAGGGAAGCAGGCAGAUCCUGUUCGGUCUUCACAACAGGCUGGGACUUGACUUUGGCGUUUUGAUUGCUUGGGGUGCUGUCAAUAGUGUCUUGUUUCCGUUCUGCUGUUAUUUCAUGAGGUGGAAGAGCAAGCAUCACGUCCAUGAAUAUUACAAGUAG